GUCACCACAUCGAACCGCAGCCAGACAGACGAACAAAUUUUUUCUCCUUCCAAACCGAGAGGGCCACGAAAGGAGAGUCAAAAAGUUGCUAAAAACGAAAAACUUCCGUCACCCGAGUGCACUCGUCGGAGGGCCACAAUGGCUUCGCUAAUUUUGGUAAACGGUGCCCAGCUGGCCAAGCAGCAAACUGGAUCGCUGGGAAUCAUCUGCCUGAAGGCUAACUACAGUUCGGAUGCCCCACAUAAGCUCCGGACUACCAAUCCGGCCGAAAUGAAGCGCGGUACCGGUGGUAGAUCGAGUUUCAAUGGCGUUGUUGCGACUGUGUUCGGCAGCACCGGAUUCAUGGGUCGCUACGUGUGCAACAAGCUCGGAAAGAUUGGCUCCCAGCUGAUCCUUCCCUACCGUGCUGACCACUACGAAGCUCUGCGUUUGAAGCUAGCCGGUGAUCUGGGACAGGUGCUGUUCACCCCGUAUCACCUGUGUGACGAGAAAUCGAUCUACAAUGCCGUGAAGCACUCGAACGUCGUGAUCAAUUUGGUGGGUCGCGAUUGGGAAACGAAGAACUUCAGCUUCCAAGAUGUGCAUGUGGAUGGUGCCCGACGGUUGGCGCGCAUUUCCAAGCAAGCUGGCGUGGAGAAGUUUAUCCAUUUGUCCAGCUUGAACAGCACUCCCCACCCGGAGCCGAUUAUGACCAAGGAGGGCAGCAAGUGGCUCAAGAGCAAGUACUACGGCGAGUUGGCGGUUCGUGAGGAAUUCCCCGAUGCCAUCAUCUUCCGCCCGUCCGAUAUUUACGGUCAGGAGGAUCGUUUCUUGCGGUACUACGCUCACAUGUGGCGCCGGCAGUUCCGCGGAAUGCCACUGUGGUACAGCGGUGAGAGGACCGUCAAGCAGCCGGUUCACUGCUCGGACGUUGCCCAGGGCAUUGUGAAUGCGAUCAAGGAUCCCGACAGCCAGGGUCAAGUCUACCAGGCCGUCGGUCCACGUCGGUACAAGCUGUCGGAGCUGGUCGAUUGGUUCCACCGGGAGAUGCGAAAGGAUGCCGACUGGUGGGGCUACUGGCGUUAUGAUUUGCGCUUCGAUCCUACCUUCAUGCUGAAGGUGAAGCUGACUGAGUUCAUUUGCCCGUCGUUCCCGGUGGGUGAUCUGCACACGGAACGCGUCGAGCGGGAGUACGUCAGCGACGAUGUGAAGAAGGGAGUUCCCACGCUGGAGGAUUUGGGCGUGAAUCUGAUGAUGAUGGAGGAUCAGGUUCCAUGGGAGCUGAGACCGUUCCGGGCUGCGCUGUACUACGACGCCGAGUUGGGCGAAUUCGAGAAACCAACUCCACCACAGUUUAUCCAGUAGAUUCAGUAGGAAGGGGGCAAUUGCAACAACAUGCUGCCACCGUUACAGUUUUCUGAUUGAGAUCGGUUU